GCACCAUCCCAGGUGUUCUCCAGGAUAACUACCAUGAAGAUUAUCGUUCUUGCCUGUCUCGCCGCCGUGGCUGUCGCCGCCCCUCAGCUUGAGGAGCGAGUGGUCGAACUCCUUCGCGAUGACCGCGUAGCCAACGAGGACGGCACCUUCUCCUACACCUUGGAAGCCGACAACGGCAUCAAGACAGCCGUUUCUGGAAGCAUCGGAGCCGAAGGCCAGAUCAACCAGGAAGGAUCCUACACCUUCAUCCUCGCACGGCACCCAGGCUGUCGUCACCUUCGUCGCCAACGAGAACGGCUUCCAGCCCCAGUCCGACAUCCUGCCCACUCCCCACCCUCUUCCCGCCCACGUCUAUGA